AUUCACUUCCAAUUUAAUUGGUGCCCACAUAGUUCCAGGGAUGAUGCCACUUGGCAGAGCCAGGGACAUGACACCAAUGAUUUAGCUUUUUGUAAGGAUGGCAUUCUGGUCACCACUGUAAUGGGGGCAUUCUUCCCACUGACCUCCAAAGCAAGGGGCAUUCUUCCCACUGACCCCCAAUGUAAGGGGCAUUCUUCCCUCUGACCCCCAAUGUAUGGAGCAUUCUUCCCACUAACUGCCAAUGUAAGAAGCAUUCUUCCCAAUGACCACUAAUGUAAGGAACAUUCUUCCCAAUGACCACCAACGUAAGGGGCAUUCUUCCCAAUGACCACCAACGUAAGGGGCAUUCUUCCCAAUGACCACCAACGUAAGGGGCAUUCUUCCCAAUGACCACCAACGUAAGGGGCAUUCUUCCCAAUGACCACCAACUAAGGGGCAU